AUGUUUUGUUCAUCAUGCGGUUACAACUUAGAGGAAACGUUUAAUUUUUGCCCAAAUUGCGGUACAAGAACUGCACGUCCAUCGGCAGAGGGUGAGAUAGAUUCCACUACAGUGCAUUCUGAAGCUGAGGGUGAGAAAGAAGCAAUUGAAAGUUACUUCUUUGCAGGGUAUGAAUACGAUACAAUACUAUGUUUCCUAAGUAAGCAUCAUGGCAUCACGAUGUCAUUGUCGACACUUAAAAGGCGUUUAAAGCAGUAUGAACUAAAAAGAAAAACAGGCGACGAAGUAAGCGAUAAUGAGCUUAUGGAGAUUAUAUAUAUUAGGAAAGAAAUCGAUGGGCCAAGCUGUGUUUCGGGAUAUAGAACAUUAUGGCACACUCUUCGUCUUAAAUAUAGAAUGUGUGUUCCACGAGCUCGUGUGCAAGCAUUACUGAAGGAGAUAGAUCCUGUUGGAACAGAGCAACGGAAGCGUCAUAGGCUGAAAAGAAGAGAAUACAAAUCUCCUGGACCAAACCAGUGCUGGCAUGUUGACGGUUACGACAAACUGAAGCCAUUUGGAUUUCCACUACAUGGCGCCAUAGAUGGUUAUAGCCGUCGCAUGCUAUGGUUGAAGGUUACAAGAACUAAUAGUAACCCAGCUGUAAUUUGCUAAAUAUUAUCAUGACUGCAUCGAGGAGUUAGGUGGUUGCCCAAGAAUUUUAUCAACAGACCCUGGCACUGAAAAUGUUGAAAUAGCAACCUUGCAGUGUUAUCUGAGAGGUGAUGGUACAGAUGACCUUGCCGGUGAAAAGGCGCAUCGUUAUGUUGCAUCAACAGCAAAUCAGCGAAUUGAGUGCUGGUGGUCCAGUUUGAGACGAAGUCGUACAUCAUGGUGGAUAAACUUUUUUAAGGAUUUAUCUGAAAGAGGGGUGUACAUAAGUGGUAACAUUUAUCAUAAUGAAUGUCUUUGGUUUUGUUUCAAUGAAAUUCUACAACAGGACUUAGAUUUUUUCAGGGUUCAUUGGAACACUCAUUACAUUCGUCAAUCAAGACACGAUACAAUCGCAGGGAAACCUGACGAACUUUUUUUCUUGCCUGAAACCUUUGGAGGUGAAGACCAAAUGCAACCAGUUACCGAUGCACAACUGGAAGUGGUAGCUUCUCAUUGUGAAGAGCCUAUUGUGGAUAAUGAUUACCAAAGUUACUUUAAUUAUAUUGUUGACCUUCAACAGCUGGCAAAACCGAGAAAUUGGAAGGAACGUCUAAAUUUGUUUGAACAUUUACUGAAUUACAACACCUAG